UUCACGUGUCUGGUGUGACUGUCUGUGCCUCUGUGGUGAAUAAUAGUCGAACAAUGAUGUCUUCCAGAAAGUUAAUAAGUUUCACUUCACUUAGGCUCAAAGUUAAGUUUUUUUUAUUGUCUUAAAAGGACAUGUAUUUCUAUGAGAGAAAACAAUAUUAUAGUGUUGUCUCCCAUAUGUGAUUGUUAAAAGGGACCUGUUCAACUAUCAAUCACCAUCUCGAUAAUCAAAUAAUGAGAAAACCAAACUAAAGUUUAUUAGAUUACUGGCAAUGUUUGGAAAGCAUCCCACAACACAUAUUUUCCUACCAUCAAACGAAUCAGGAAUAAACCACGACAAGACUUUUGGUUACGUCUGGAUAAUUACGACUUCUCGAAAGCAAUCUACGUUAAGACUGGAAUCAUUCAAAAAAUGUUAAAACCGGUUAAAACGUUAUUACCAUACUUCGAAUUUGUGGCUCUGACUCCAGUAAGAUUUGAAAAAGAAUAAUAUCUCCAGUCGUCAUUUAAUGGUCACUGUCUCAUCGUGUUUCACGUUAAACUAACUCGGAUCUAAAUCUAUUCCAACCCGGAUAUCCAGCCAGGCUUUGCAAGAUACUCAUCAUUCGCAUUAAUACGGGACAAAAGCACUCAGCUCCCUGCUCCCUGCAUAUUGACAAGACAUUGUUGGCAGAUUAAAAUGAAACUCGUUGAUAAGAGAGUCACGUGACUGGACUGACCAUCAGCUGUACGCAAGAUUCCACAGGCUUGGGAGGAGAGUCUGGCUGAUUUAACUUUAUAGCUAGAAAAGACGAACAAGAAAACCGCAGUUGAUUUUCAGCACCAUGGAGCAAAACACGGACGUCGUGAUUCCUAUCAUCGAUUUGGAUAAGUUGGGAUUACAAACUGCCGAUGUAGAGGAUGUAGAUCAAAUCACAAUGGAUCGUGUUUCCAGGGAACUCGACUCCGCUUUCUCUACUGUUGGAUUUGUUUACCUGAAAAAUCACGGCGUCAAUCAGCAAUUGGUAGAUAACUUAUUCGAACGUUCUAAAUCGUUCUUCCACCUGCCGGAAUCCAUUAAAGAAAAUUAUCGAUGUGGCGUUGAGAACUGCGACGGUUACACCGGAAGGGAUGGAGAAAUUUUGGAUACGAGUGCUCGACAUGAAAUUCGAGAAUCGUACGAUGUUGCCUCACCCGACGGACUCUAUCCCGACGAACACGCACCGGAAUUCCGGCAGGCAAUUAACGAUUUAGCUCCUCCUAUGUGCGAACUAACAUUCCGCUUGCUCAAAUGCAUGGCGCUGGCAUUAGGACUCGAUAAGGAAUUUUUCGGGGAACGACACAACUUCAUGUUUAAAGCCGCCGAGAAAAACCGAACCAUCUUCCGUACUCUUUUUUAUCCAUCAUUGGCCGACACCGAAACCCUGGCCGGAGUAGUUAGAUGUGGUUUACAUUCUGAUUACGGAACGAUUACUCUACUUCUACAAGAUGACAUGGGGGGAUUGGAAAUUUUUUCCCAAGAGAAAUGGUUCCCUGCUAAACCUAUUCCAGGGACGAUCAUGAUCAACUUGGGGGAUAUGAUGCAAUUUUGGACAUCUGAUCGUUAUGUCGCUACGGUUCAUCGAGUGGUUGUUCCAGAGGAAGAGAUCCGUCGUCGAACUCCCCGUCAAUCAAUUGCUUUCUUUGUCCAUCCAGAUAACGAUGUGAUGAUUGCUCCGCUGGAUGGAUCCGGUAAGCAUGAACCAGUGGAUGCCCUCACGUAUGUCAAGUCUCGACUCAUAGCCUCCAGUUAUAAAUGAUACCUGAAAUCAAAUUCAAAUGGCAUUUCUACCGCCUUUUAAUAUUUCUUUCCUAACGCAUUUGAUGAAUAAAAUUUGAUCGAUUCUCGGGGAUCGAAAUAAAAUUUGAAUUUGAA